AUGACAAGUAUCAAAUUCAUUGAACCUAAUGAACUGAAGAAUAUUAUAAAGGACAAGACUAAAAUUCCUGGAAAAGAUUAUUUGAUUGUUGAUGUUAGAGAUGAAGAUUAUUCGGGAGGUAAUAUACCAAAUAGUGUAAACAAGCCUUCCAGUGAAAUAAAUGACAGUUUAGAAUCCCUGAUUUCUGAUUAUAUUCCACAAUUAAUUUUCACUUGCGCACUAUCUCAAGUUCGUGGACCAAAAUGUGCUAGAAUUUAUUCAGAAAGAAUAGCUCUCAAAAAUGUCAAGACUGAUCAGAAAGUUUUAGUUUUAAGAGGUGGGGUUGCUGGAUGGCAAAAAGAAAAUGGUCAAGACAUUGAGUUGAUGGAAAAUUAUGAUCGUGAACAUUGGGUACUCGAGUAUGGAGAUUAUUAA